CCCAGUUCUCUUCUGGAUCCUGCCGUAAUGCCAUUGAUCCUGGGCAGGUCCGAGCGAACCAUAACUUUACCCUGUAACAUCACAUCGGCGGCUUCACUUUGCACUUUCUCAAUGUCCUUUCCUCAUGGCGGCGAGGAGGCAGAAACCCUCACAACCUUGACGAACAAACAUGGGAGGAUCUCAUCCCAACCUACCAUCUGCCCCUCAACCAAGUCGAGUAUUCUUUGACCCAUUCAACUCGUCCUCCACCGGGCACCAACGGGCGGAAAAUCGACUUUCGGGGAGCACCUCAUGGCGUAAAUCGCGGUCAUACAAACUCAGUCACCAGUUUCGAGACACGAGUGGACGAGGUGGCGAACAGCACCUGUCCGACCUCGUCGGCGCAGGGAGUGAAAACUUUGGCAAAGAUGGGAGAAAAGAGAAUGGAGACUGGGAACCCGGUGCCCCUGGACUGAGAGAACAAGGGUGGCAAGACAUUCGUGGGCUUUGGGGAAGCAGUGGAAGAAAACGACCCGACAGGAAUGUGGAAGACGAAGGACAUGAGGAAGAAGAUACUGUUCAGGCUCAGAAGAAACUUCGGACGCCAAUACCUCACCUGGAGGACCCAUCUCAAGGUUAUGCAGAUGACGAUGAUGAUGUACCGAGCGACAUUCCCUCCUCCACGGCGAGGCGGCGAACACCCAAGGGAGAGACUGAAGAGUUGUCCCUGCAAACACCACAGAUCUUCCGCAAUCUCAACAUGUACCUCAAUGGGUCAACGGCGCCCUUGAUCUCGGACCACAGGCUCAAACAACUCUUCUCGCAGCAUGGUGGGAACACAUCUAUUGCGCUUGGGCGUAGGACCGUCACACAUGUGAUCAUCGGUGCCGACUAUGGGGGUGGGCUUGCUUCGGGAAAGAUACAAAAGGAAGCAACACUCGUGCGGGGCAAAGGGAUCAAAUAUGUCACUGCGCGAUGGGUGCUUGAUAGCGUUGAGAAGGGGAUAAGACAGCCCGAGGCGAGGUAUGCGCCGAAGAAUCUCGACGGAAAGAUCGGAGGGAGUGGGCAAGUAAGCGUGAGGAAUAUGUUUCUGAAGGGAACGACGAAAUGACUCUUAGUCAGGCAGCCGAAACGCAUGGUAAGGGAUGGAGACACCUCUCUCAUACACAGACCUUCACGGUCUACGGUUUAAGCAGGAUAGUUCACGUUUCACGUUUCACGAAUGAGGUACAACAGGACUCUAGCGUCACGAUAUAUGUACGAGACAUGGAUUAGAACGGAGUAUUCAGUAUUGAGACAUGGGUCAGAAUAGAAUAUCCAGUUCUUAAGACGGAGAUUCAGAUACAGAACAAUGACCGAAAAGAUGAUUGGCA